GCGGAGCCGAGCGGGGCGGGCGGGGCGCGGCGGCCGCGGUCACCGGCCCUCCCCGGGCAGUGCCGACAUGGCCCGGCCGCCGCAGAAGGAGAUCGUCUACAACAAGCUUCUGCCCUACGGUGAGCGCCUGGAUGCAGAGGCCGCCCGCUUCCUGGCGCACAUCAAGGGCAACCUGGCCCGAGCCGUGCAGCUGCAGGAGCUCUGGCCCGGCGGGCUCUUCUGGACCAGGAAGCUCUCGACGUACAUCCGACUCUAUGGGAGAAAAUUCAGCAGGGAGGAUCACGUGCUGUUUAUCAAACUAUUGUAUGAGUUGGUGACAAUUCCAAAGCUGGAGAUCAGCAUGAUGCAAGGGUUUGCACGCCUGCUGAUCAACCUGUUAAAGAAAAAAGAGCUGCUUUCCAGGGAUGAUUUAGAGUUACCAUGGAAACCACUCUAUGAAAUGUUGGAAAGGAUAUUAUACUCCAAAACAGAACAUCUGGGAUUAAAUUGGUUUCCCAAUUCUGUAGAAAGUGUUCUGAAAACACUYGUGAAGAGCUGCAGACCGUAUUUCCCAGAAGAUGCCACUGCGGAAAUGCUGGAUGAAUGGAGGCCUUUGAUGUGUCCCUUUGAUGUGACCAUGCAGAAGGCCAUUACCUAUUUCGAGCUCUUCCUGCCCACCACCCUUCCCCCUGAACUUCACCACAAAGGUUUCAAGCUUUGGUUUGAUGAAUUUAUAGGCCUUUGGGUGUCAGUUCAAAAUCUUCCCCAGUGGGAAGGGCAUCUAGUCAAUCUUUUUGCUCGCUUGGCCACUGACAACAUUGGGUACAUAGACUGGGAUCCAUAUGUACCAAAGAUUUUUACUAGGAUUCUGAGGAGUUUAAAUCUGCCAGUGGGAAGCAAUCAGGUGGUUGUUCCAAGAUUCUUAACAAAUGCUUACGAUGUAGGACAUGCAGUCAUGUGGAUCACAGCUAUGAUGGGUGGACCAAGUAAGCUGGUGCARAAGCACUUGUCUGGCUUGUUCAAUAGCAUUGCCUCUUUUUACCAUCCCUCAAACAACGGGCGCUGGCUGAACAAACUGAUGAAGCUGCUCCAGAGGUUGCCCAGUAGUGUUGUGAGGAGGCUGCACCGUGAGCGCUACAAGAAGAUGACCUGGUUAACUCCUGUCCCUGAGAGCCACAAACUCACGGACCAGGAUGUGACAGACUUUGUGGAAUGCAUCAUCCAGCCUGUUCUCCUGGCAAUGUUCAGCAAAACUGGAAGCCUGGAGGCUGCCCAGGCCCUGCAGAACCUUGCACUGAUGCGUCCUGAAUUAGUAAUUCCACCUGUACUUGAGAAAACAUAUCCUGCACUUGAGACCCUGACAGAGCCUCAUCAGCUCACAGCCACCCUGAGCUGCGUCAUUGGAGUCGCUCGGAGCUUGGUGUCCGGCGGGAAGUGGUUUCCUGAGGGUCCCACACACAUGCUACCUCUGCUGAUGAGAGCCUUGCCUGGGGUGGACCCAAAUGACUUCAGCAAAUGCAUGAUUACAUUCCAGUUCAUUGCAACAUUUUCUACUCUGGUGCCUUUAGUAGAUUGUUCAUCUGUAUUGCAAGAAAGAGAUGAUCUUUCAGAGGUGGAAAGAGAAUUGUGCUCUGCAUCUGCUGAAUUUGAAGAUUUUGUGCUGCAGUUUAUGGAUAGAUGUUUUGGAUUGAUAGAGAGCAGCACAUUAGAACAAACCAGAGAGGAGACUGAAACAGAGAAAAUGACUCAYCUGGAGAGUCUGGUGGAAUUGGGUCUCUCUUCUACUUUCAGUACAAUCCUUACCCAGUGUUCAAAGGAUAUCUUUAAGGUUGCCUUGGAGAAGGUUUUUAACUUUGCUGUUUCAAAUAUAUUUGAGACAAGAGUUGCUGGUCGAAUGGUUGCUGAUAUGUGCCGAGCUGCAGUAAAAUGCCGCCCUGAGGAGUCCUUGAAGCUGUUUGUACCACAUUGCUGCAAUGUCAUAACUCACCUCACAGGCAAUGAUGAUGUAUUACAUGAUGAAGAACUAGAUAAGGAGCUGCUUUGGAAUCUUCAGCUUUUAUCAGAGAUCACUCGAGUGGAUGGCAAGAAGCUGCUACUGUACAGGGAACAGUUUGGGAAGAUACUGCAGCGCACCCUACACUUAACCUGUAAGCAGGGUUACAUUCUGUCUUGUAACCUACUGCACCAUCUUCUUCGUUCUGCUACACUUAUCUACCCCACAGAGUACUGCAGUGUGCCAGGUGGCUUUGACAAGCCUCUUUCUGAAUACUUUCCUAUCAAGGACUGGGGUAAACCAGGUGACCUGUGGAACCUGGACAUCCAGUGGCAUGUUCCUUCAUCUGAGGAAAUAAACUUUGCUUUUUAUUUGCUGGAUACUUUCCUUCAGCCUGAGCUCACCAGGCUGGAGCUCUAUGCACUUGGAGAGCUGGAAAUGUCCAGAGAUGAUGUGCAGCAGUGUCUUGCCAUCGUGCACAACUGCCUGAUUGGCUCUGGGAACAUUCUGCCUCCUCUCAAAGGGGAAAGGGUGCCUCAUCUGGUCCCAAGUCUGGUGUCUUUGGAAGAGACAAAGCUGUACACUGGUGUUGAAUAUGAUUUUUCCAGGGAGAAUUACAGAGAAACAAUUGCAAGGGUUACAAGGAAAUUGCUGCGCUACAUUCUUGACAAUUCAGAAGAUGAUACCAAGUCCUUAUUUCUAAUAAUAAAGAUUAUCAGUGAUGUUUUGCAGUUCCAAGGGUCUCACAAGCAUGAGUUUGAUUCACGGUGGAAAAGCUUCAAUCUAGUGAAAAAAUCAAUGGAGAACAGGCUUCAAGGAAAGAAACAGCACAUCAGAGCUUUGCUGAUCGACAGGGUUAUGCUGCAGCAUGAGCUGAGAACGCUGACAAUGGAAGGCUGCGAAUACAAAACUUCCCACCAGGAGAUGAUCAGGGAUCUUCUGUGUUUGUCCACGAGUUCUUAUGGGCAGGUCAGAAGUAAAGCUCAGCAAGCAUUCUUCACAGCUCUGGGAACCUACAAUUUCUGUUGCAGAGAUAUCAUUCCCUUAGUYCUGGAAUUCCUGCGUCCCGACCGGCAAGAUGUCACUCAGAAGCAAUUUAAAGGUGCCUUAUAUUGUCUUCUUGGCAAUCACAGCGGGGUGUGCUUGGCCAAUCUGCAUGACUGGGAUUGUAUUGCACAGACGUGGCCAGCAAUUGUUUCUUCUGGGCUUAGCAAAGCCAUGUCCUUGGAAAAACCAUCCAUAGUCAGACUUUUUGAUGACUUAGCGGAGAAAAUCCAUCGGCAAUAUGAAACCAUUGGACUGGAUUUUGCAGUUCCAGAGAAAUGYAUGGAGGUGGCUGUUCUGCUGCAGAAGUCGGGAGAGCCAGGUUCAGAGUUUACAGGUUUGAGUUCUGAGGAAAUUCAGUUGGGAAUUCAGCGACAGAAGGAGAAGAAUGCUGAGGCUCUGAGGAACUAUGAAAAUUUGGUCAACAUGCUGCUGGACUGUGUGGAACAGAGAAAUCUGCCCUGGAAGUUCGAGCACAUAAGCAUUGGCUUCCUGUCCCUGCUYCUGAGGGAUGACAGGACCCUGCCUGCUCGUGCCAUAAAAUUCUUUGUUCAGUGUCUCAACCACGAUGCAAUUGUGGUUCGGAAGGUGGCCAUCUCAGCUGUAGCUGGGAUUCUUAAGCAGCUUAAGAGGACGCACAAGAAAGUGCCCAUCUGCCCUUACGAAAUAAGUGGGAGCCCGAAGCCUUCCAGCAUCCAGGCUGGUGACAGACCUGACAACCAGUGGCUGCACUACAACAGCCAGAGCCUACCAAAGACGAAGGAAGCCUGGGAAUCCUGCUGUUUUGUGGAGAAAACACACUGGGGAUAUUACACCUGGCCCCAAACAAUGACAGUCUAUGCUCCAGUUGAGCAGCARCCAAAGCUUGGGCGAAGGAGAGAUGAGCUGACAGAGGCAGAACAAAUUAUAUAUGAUCACUUUUCUGAUCCCAAGUUUGUUGAGCAGUUAAUAAAAUUUUUGUCUUUAGAAGACAGAAAGGGAAAGGACAAAUUUAAUCCUCGCAGAUUUUGCCUCUUCAAGGGCCUUUUCAGAAACUUUGAUGAUGCCUUUUUGCCAGUCCUUCAGCCCCACUUGGAGCAACUGGUUGCAGACUCCCAUGAAAGCACCCAGAGAUGUCUAGCUGAAAUUAUAGCUGGCCUGAUAAGAGGUUCUAAACACUGGACCUUUGAGAAGGUGGAAAAACUCUGGAAGCUUCUGUGUCCAUUGCUUCGAACAGCUUUAUCCAACAUCACAGUGGAAACAUACAAUGACUGGGGCACCUGCAUUGCAACCUCCUGUGAGAGCAGAGAUCCUAGGAAACUGCACUGGCUGUUUGAACUGCUGUUGGAAUCUCCACUGAGUGGUGAAGGAGGAUCAUUUGUAGAUGCCUGCCGACUUUAUGUGCUGCAAGGGGGCCUUGCCCAGCAGGAGUGGAGAGUGCCAGAGCUGCUGCACAGGCUGCUGAAGUACCUGGAACCCAAACUCACCCAGGUCUACAAGAACGUCCGAGAGAGAAUAGGAAGUGUGUUGACCUACAUAUUCAUGAUAGAUGUUUCCUUGCCAAACACUGCUGCAACUAAAUCUCCUCGUGUCCAUGAAUUUACUACCCGGAUACUUGAAAACCUCAAACCCCUCAUGGAAGCAGAYGAGGAAAUCCAGAAUCACGUUAUGGAAGAGAAUGGAGUUGGCGARCAAGAUGAGCGAACUCAGGGCAUUAAACUCUUGAAAACAAUUCUGAAGUGGUUGAUGGCAAGUGCAGGACGAUCYUUUUCUACAGCUGUCACAGAGCAGCUCCAGCUGUUACCUUUGUUUUUCAAGAUUGCACCCGUGGAGAAUGACAACAGCUAUGAUGAGCUCAAAAGAGAUGCUAAGAUGUGUUUGUCCUUGAUGUCUCAGGGUUUGCUGUAUCCUCAGCAAGUGCCUUUGGUACUUCAGGUGCUAAAACAAACAGCAAGAAGCAAUUCUUGGCAUGCCCGAUACACCAUCUUAACCUACCUCCAGACCAUGGUGUUCUACAAUCUCUUCAUCUUCCUCAACAACAGCGAGGCAGUCAAUGACAUCAGGUGGCUCGUGAUAAAACUCCUGGAAGAUGAACAGCUUGAGGUGAGGGAGAUGGCUGCCACCACGCUCAGYGGGCUCCUGCAGUGCAACUUCCUCACCAUGGACGGGCCCAUGCAGACACACUUCGAGCAGCUCUGCAAGAUGAGGCUCCCCAAGAAGAGGAAGAGGGACCUGGCCUCAAUGGGGGACACAAUUCCUUCAGGGGACCUGGUGAAGCGCCACGCUGGCGUCCUGGGGCUCAGYGCCUGCAUCCUGUCCAGUCCCUAUGAUGUGCCCACCUGGAUGCCACAGCUUCUCAUGGAUCUCAGUGCCCACCUCAAUGAUCCCCAGCCUAUUGAGAUGACUGUGAAGAAAACGCUGUCCAAUUUCCGGCGGACCCAYCACGACAACUGGCAGGAGCACAAGCAGCAGUUCACGGAUGACCAGCUCCUGGUGCUCACUGACCUCCUGGUUUCACCCUGCUAUUAUGCAUAGGUUUCUUCUGGGGAAAAUGAGGAUGUAGGAAUUUUUCUGUGAAAUAAAGGAAACUCAAAAGAAAUCRAUCACAUGGAGAACUUUGUGCUGGAAAUCCUGAUGCCUAAUCAAAACCACUUUCAAAUACAAAUAUAGAGACCUGAUUCUAUCCAAAAGGAAUUUCACCUCUCCAGGGAGCAGCUGGGGGAGCCCCGAGGCUGCGCCUGCAGGGCCUGAUCAUGAGUCCAUGGCAAGACCCUUCUCCUAGGCCUGCAUCACACAUCAGUCUUGUUUCUKCUUCCUUGCACACAGUGACUUACACUGCACAUCCCUCACCCCCCUCUUCUGCCCCCUUUUCCCACAUUAAGGAUAUGCAGAACCAGAGAGUGCCACAAAGCRGAAUUUUCUCCGUGGAGCUCUCCAAUUCUGCCGAUGCAACUCCUCCCCCAGUCCGCACACAAUCCCGGGAGCCUGCCUUCCUCAGAGUUUAUUUUUCACUACUGGGAUUUGAGUACCAUCCAGUCCACCUCAGGGCAGCAUUGCCUUUUUGUAUAAUCUCCCUUGUGCAAAUGUAAAUAGCUGAGCUCUGUGCAGUGCAGGGAUGGCAGCUCUGCUGCCCAGCCAGGCCUUCYGCGGUGUCUUGACCACAUGUGGAAUAAAAAAGAAUUUAUGAUUCUCUGCACGUUUUUAAGGGGGAAAGACUAUGGGUGUUUCCAUGUAAUUAGAGCCCACAGAUGGGAAAUGAUGGACUGUUAGUGGUGGUUGAAUUCACGGAAUGAAAUGUAUGCACAGUGUGAAAAGGCAGUUUUUAACAGUGUAUUCUCCUAAAGAUUGAGCAAGCAUAUCUCGUUUGAAGAUUGUGGAGACUCUGUGUUUUUUUGCCUGCAGCUUUGUUCAGAGACUGGUAUCAAUUGGCUGUUUAACAACCUGUUUAAUAUGUGUUACAUAGUUGUAAAAGACUGUAUAAAUUGUAGAGGCAUUGCAUUGACAAAACAUUGUACAGUUUGCAACCUUUUACAUAACACCAUUGUGAGAUUAAUUUGUAAAGAUUCAUACUUAGAUGUUAAUACAGUAGUGGUUCUGGCUUUUGUAUCAAAUCAAAUGCCAUUCUUAGUUUUUUAAAUUAUUUUCUUUAACAGAAUAUCUGUUUGUGUCUGAGAGGGUUUGUUUUGCUUUUCCUGUAUCUCAUGACUGUGUCUCAUUCAGAUUUUCCUGCAACACGUGUGGCCAUUUCUCAAUGCUGACAUCACAUAUUCUGGUGUGAUCCAUUCAAAGAACGUGAGGUACAUGGAGAUAACUCAUAAACUGGUGUGUGUUUCAUAUUUCAUGCAAAACGCCCCAGGAGCACUGAGACCUUUGUGUGGCUCAUCCCAAACUUCCAAGCACAGCAGUGCUCCUGGGGCAGUAUUUAAAGAGUGUCAGCACACGGAUGUAACCACUGUAUAGCGUAGUGCCAAAAWUAUUAUUUCAAUUGUGUAUGUAGUUUAAGACCCAAUAAAUGGACUGUUUGUAACUACUGCAUCUUCCUGUAUUUCUAAAGAGGAAAUUGGUUGGUUUGAGACUGUAACUURAGGUUUUUACAGUGCUUUUGAGCUUUUGGAUGAGGCCUGUGUUUGUCCUGAGAUUUGGUAGCGAGUUAAGGCGACAUUAAGGAUUAAUUAAUGAUCUUGUUCAAAUGGCUGGGAAACUUGCUUUUACAUUUAUGGAAAAAUACCUUGUAUCUGGAAAGCACUUGUUAACUUCUGAGAACUGGAGAAACUAGUUUGUGUUGGAGAGGGUUUUGCUGAUAGAAUUAAAUCUUUACAAGUGAUGGAAAGCUUUUGCU